AUGCCGACGCUCACGAAGACGCUUGACGGGCAGCCGAUGCCACGGUGGUGCGCCGACGAGACCAAGAUUGUCGUGCACGUCGACCAGGAAGACGACAGUCCCUCGUUCUUGAAACGCAAGAUCGCGGAUGAAAGGACUUCGCUGCUGGUGAGCGACAAGUUCGCCUCGAUGAAGGAGGAUGAAGCAGAGGAACCGCUUCCCACUUUCAACGAGGAAUCAUGCGCGAUCUGGAACAUGGGCUGGUUGGUUAGUGUCACGACGUUCUGCAGGAUCUCGCUAUCAACGGUGUCCACAAUGUUUCUGGGUCAUUUGGGAUCAAAAGAACUCGCGGCUAGUGCACUGGCGAGCGUGUGGACAAACGGAGUGCAGAUGCUCAUCUUUGGCUUCGCCAUUUCAGUGUGUACACUAUGUGGCCAAGCAUACGGCGCUAAGAACUAUGCUCUCGUCGGCGUCUGGCUCCAGCUCGCUCUGAUUUUCAUCACCUUGCUAUCUAUUCCAGUGAUGAUCUCGUUUUUCUAUGUGGAUAUCGUCCUGAGACUGGUGACGGACGACCUUGAGGUGUUGAUGCUUGCCGACAGAUACGCUCGUUUUCUUGCCCCAACGGUUCUACCACAAGCGAUUUACUGUGCGCUUCGACAGUAUCUCCAGUCGCAAGAGAUAAUGGAGCCCCCGGCAGUCAUCGGCGUUGCCAGCGUCGGUGUGUCAUUGAUCACCAACUAUGCGUUUAUCUAUGGCUGCGGCCCCUUUCCAGCGCUGGGCUUCAUCGGUGCGCCCAUUGCGCAGAGUGUAUCGUCGAUAUUUCAACCGGUAGCUCUAGUCGUGUACGGAUUCUGGUACAAAGGUUACCACCGGAAAACGUGGGCUGGAUUCGAUCUUGCAGCCUGCAUGCAGUGGGAACGUGUGCGUGCUUUCGUUUCUCUCUCAGUUGGAAUGACAAUCAACCAGGCACUGGACGAGUGGGUUUACAAUGUGAUCUCAGCACUGGCAGGAUCAUUAGGCUCGGUCAAGCUAGCGGCUAACAGCGUCCUAUUCAGCUUAUGGGGUCUCACGUUCGGUAUCUACUGGGGAUUCGGCUUGCCUAUGCAGGUGCGCUCGGCGAACUUCUUAGGAGCAAACCGUCCUGCAGCCGCUAAGCAGACACUGUAUGUGAGUACACUGCUAGGAGGCAUCACCACCUUUGUGUGCGCGCUGCUGACGUAUCUUUUCCGAGCACCGAUAAUCGGGUUCUUCACUGUGGACCCCGUCGUGACCGCAGAUAUCAACAGUACAAUGCCUAUCUUCUGCUUCGCCGUAUUCUUAUCAGGGUUACACAUCAUCAUGUCUGCUGUCGUGGAGGCCAUGUCGUUAGCGGCAACACUGGUGGCCAUCACGACCGCUGGAUCCUGGCUCACUAUGCUACCGACAUCGUACCUACUCGGUCUCUCGUGGAACUGGGGACUGCACGGACUAUGGUGGGGCGCUGUCUGCGGCGAGAUCGUUAAGUUUGGUCUGAUGGUGCUCACGUUGUGGCGCAUUGACUGGCGUGAAAUGGCUCGUCGGGCUGUACGUCAGUCCGAGCGCGCUGUGCCGCCUACACCCGAUGUUAGACCAUCCAGCCCAACGCCUGUGCGUACACUCUUCUCAGCAGCGUCACAACGCGUACACCAUGUACCUAAUGACGGCACACCAACGAAAUUAGCCCUUCGACGCAUGAGCUCUUACGGCUCAACCAACACAAGUCCAGCACCAAUUCACGCAAUAGCGAAAUCCCCAUGA